AUGAGCUUUGCUGCCACGCUAUGCCGACGAGCGAGUGCAGCCGUCAGUGCUCCAAGACGAUUGACUGGGCUCCAAAAGUCGAUAUACGCUCUUUACAGGCGAUCCUUGCGUAUGGUACUCAACAAGCCAAAGGACAACAGACUAGAGUGGUAUCUGUUCGUUCAGCACCAGUUCAGGUCGCCGUCCCUUGGUGGGGGACUGACUCGGCGACAAAUCGGCGCGAUCGAGUAUUACAUCCGCAAAGGCAACAAGCAGCUCGAGUUGCUCGAGCAAGACAGUAUCAGGACUGUGCACGUGCCCGAUGAGGCACACGAUAUGCUCAGCCGAGGCUUCUAUUCGCGAGGUUGGAUCGUCAACCGAGCUGCCUGA